CAGAGUCAUGAAUACAGACAGUUCCUAUACAAAGAGCCCUAGAGAUAUUUUUAAACCAGAGAAGAUGUCCAAGUCCUUCCAGGAUAUUUCCAAAUACUUCUCUGAAGAAGAAUGGGAAAAUCUGACCAAAUGGCAGAAAAGUGCCUACGUGUUUAUGAAAAGAAACUACAUCAGAAUGACAGGCCUAGGGGUCACAGUCAACAAACCAGUUUUCAUGCGUGGAAAGGAUCAGAUCACAGAAUUCCUAUUGAAGGAAUCUGAUGAAGGUCUUGAUCAUGAAAGUGAAGGUGAACAUUCUAAGUGGACAUUUGGCAUGGCACACACAAAAGGCCUAAAGAUCCAGAAGGAGACAUCAUGGAAAAGAAAUUGCAGAAAGAGAGUGCCAGGUGCACAUGGCUCAGGAAGGGCUCAGAGAUGCCUGCAUACCCAAGCAAGAGAGAUGGCAACAGGACCCAAGCGGAGUCAUGAGAGUUCCAGAAAAAAAGAAAGAUUUCAGAAAAGAAAGCAUGCCCUAAUUUUUGAUGUGAGCAGUGAUGAGGAAGAAAAUUACUAACCUAGAAAAGCUGGUGAGAAGAAUUUGAUGAUCAUUCAGAAUCAUGGAAACAACAACUCCGGUAUCCUAAAUAUCAAAUGAA